AUGACCCUUAUCUUACUUAUGGCUGAAACAAACCAAACUUCAAUUUCAGUUGUUGAACCUGAAGAUUUUGUUGAAGCUGUGAAUGAAAAUGCAGUGGAUAAUCCAAUUGUCAUCCCAUCUGAAGAUGUCAUUGCUACACCACCAAAUGAUGUUGGUGCUACAGGUGUUCCCAUACAUGCUGCACAAAGAUACAUCGUUGACAUCAAUGAAUUGUUUGAUACAAAAAAACCAUUUCACCACAGUUGUCAAAGUGAUGACACUUUGGGAGGUUCCAGAAGUAUCCAAAAAAAAACAAAGUCAAGUCUGUUAAGAUGUGUUUCAUUGAUGCUCAGAAAUGUUGAAGCUGUAUUUGAUUUUGACGUCCCAGAUCAUGUGUUUGAAUUCACACCAUUGGCUGAAGUUACAAACUUUGUGGCCAACUUUGAUUAUUAUUUUGAUUUGAUAGGCCACAUCAUGGCAUACAACGAUCCAAUUGUUGAAAAUGGAAACAAGAGGAUUUCAGUGGAGCUUGAAGAUGAAAGGGCUGACAAGCUAAAGGUUACUUUAUGGGGUGAACAUGCUGAUCAAGUCACUAAAUACAUGUCUAACAAUCCUCCGUCUCCUAUGGUUCUCAUUGUUCAAUAUGUUAAGUGCAAAAAAUAA